AUGCCGAAAGAGUUCAUUGAGAUGAAGAUACCGGUUCCUUACGGUCGGAUUAUGGCUAAGGCUUGGGGUAAUAGUGACUCCCAUUGCCACAAAGUGCUGGCAAUCCAUGGAUGGCAGGACAACGCCGGUAGUUUUGAUACACUCGUUCCCCUUCUACCAGAAUCUCUAUACAUUUUGGCAGUUGAUCUUCCGGGACACGGACUGUCAUCACAUCUGCCACCCGGCUGUCCGUACACUGACAUCAUGUUUCUCAUAGAAGUCAAACGGAUAGUCGAUUACAUGGAGUGGAAUGAGUUCACUAUAUUAGGCCAUUCCAUGGGAGGAAUGAUUGGUCUCUUAUAUUCAAGUCUUUAUCCACAAUCCGUCACAAAAGUCAUAUUAUUGGACACAAUUAAGUCAUUCUGUUAUCCAUGGGAUAAAUGGCCCCAAAAGGUGGCCGAUAUUACCAAAGUAUUCGUCCAAAUGGAUCAAAAGAAUAGUAUUCCUCCGGUUUAUGAUCACAAGACAAUGAUAGAGAGAAUGAAGGGCUCGACCGCCAUUUACAAAGAUAUUAAUGAAGAGGCGAUUGAGUGUCUUCUGAGCCGGGGAUCAAAGGUGUCAUCGGAUGGAAAGGGAGAGUAUUUCAGUCGCGAUAUCAGAACGAAAUUGAUUUUUGCUCGACCGCCAUUUACAAAGAUAUUAAUGAAGAGGCGAUUGAGUGUCUUCUGA